AUGAAUUCCUAUUUCCCCAACGCGUCCCUGUCGUGCCACCUCGGCGGCGCCCAGGACGUUGUCCCCAAUGUCGCCAUCAACGCCGCUCCUUACGACGCCGUUCGCCACCUGCAGGGCUACGGCUCGCCCGUGGCUCCGAGCCGCCUCUACCCGGCCGCUCCUUUCUACCCUGCCCAGGAGAGCUCGGUGGUUUUUGGGUCCCGCUCUCCUUACGAUUAUUCCUCGGCUCCUUUUUACCCGGAUAAAGAAUCGGCUCCGGGAGGGACCCGGCAAAGCCCCGCGGUUCCCCCGCCCGGAGCUGCCAAUUCUCUGGCGCACGAGUUUGGGGGAGAACAGAACCGAGCGGCGGCGGCGGCGGCGCAGGAGCACAAAGCGGGGAUCCAGAUUUACCCCUGGAUGCAGAGAAUGAACUCGCACAGCG